AUGGAACGCCUACUAUUGCCUGUCUCUCGCGACGGCUUCGAAUACUGCAACAAUGAAUUCUACGCCCUCGUGCAUCCCAACCAUCGACAUCGCCGCUCCUCCAUCCCUGAACUACGUGCCUUCUUCAACUCAACCUCCAAGAAGACCUCUAUCAAGGACAAGCCUGCGCAUUGGUACCGGGCUCAACUGAUUCAUUAUGGUCUCCAGCCGACAGAUAUUAAAGGGACCGCUGCGAUGCGACUCCUUGAUGCUUUGGAUCGGGAUGUCCUCAAGGUGCCGGGUUCCGUUCAACGAUUGGAGCGGGCGUUGAAGAGAGAAUAUAACAAUGAGAAGAAGAUUGUCGAAGAGAAGAGGGCUUCCUCGGCUAAACGAAAAGCUCCGUCCAAACAGAAGGCCCAGUCCAAACAGGAGCCAAAGUCGAGAGACUUCGCCGAACUUGAUGAUUACGAAGAGCUGUUGGGCGUCGUAUCUCAAGCUGUCGAGAGCUCCAAGAAUACGGGAGCUCGAGGUAUUAAUGUUUCAAAUUUGAAUGUGAAUGUCAACAUUGGAGGGCUCGAUCGCCCUCGCAAAUCGGCCAAGAAGACGUCGACUAUCGGAGUCAAACCGGAGCCGGUUGCAGAGCAGGAGAUGUUCAAUUGGCCCAGUCAGGUUGGAGAUCCAGGGAGUUCUGGCUAUAUGCCAUUGUACCGUCCCCGCCCAACACUCGGCCUCUUGAACGGCAUCUACAAGAUUGAGGCCUACAUCCUCGACACCUUCGACUCCAACAUCAUCCUCUGCCUCGACGAUCGCAGCCUCUGGGGCCGCUUCCAGCUCGGAUGCAUCGAAGGGAUGCUUUACAUAGCCGAACGUCCCUGGUCCGUCUCCAACGAGGAUGGGGACGGUUGUCCGUACCUAUGGCGGCGAACCAGAGGCGUCGACACGGGGCUUGGGCUUCGUGGAGAACAGCACUCCGGGAGCAUGCGGUUUCUGGGAGAUGGGAACAUCAACGGAAUAUUCUACAACCUUCUAGAUGGAGAGGGAGGAUGGUUAGAUAGUCAGUUUCAGGGAAUGAGAGUUGGCGGGAGGCCUGGUCCCCCGUCUUAUAGCGAUGCAUACAGUAUGAGGAUGGAUUUUGAGAGUAUCCGUUGA